AGUUCCGGCGCCCUGUGAGGGCGGGGGAGCUGGGAGGAGGGUGAAAUUUAGCCAUCAGUGUGUGGCAGGGUCAUGAAAAAGCGGCGGCGGCGGGAGAGAGGAGGCGGCGGCGGCGGCGGAGUGAAACUGCGGUAGCUGCCCCCUGGGCUGGUAGUGUGGCUUUGUGGGGAGGGCGUAGUUCCUAAUCCCCUUUUCGGGCAGCCGCCGGGGCUCGGGGCUGUGAGCGGCCGUCAAGGCUGCCUCCCCGGGCCCCCUGCCUCCGCCAUGUUCCGCAGGGCACGCCUUAGUGUGAAGCCGAAUGUCAGGCCUAGUGUAGGCGCCAGGGGCUCCACAGCUCCCAAUCCCCAGCGUGGACAGGAGUCUCCCAGGCCGCCGGAGCCUGCCACGGACACUGCUUCCAAGCCAGCGGAGCCCACAGAUGUACCCGCAGUCGAUUUCGGUGGAGCGGAGCCCCAAGAAAAGGCUCCUAGGAGCAGUUCUGAAAAGACUGGUAGUGACAAUGAUGUUGAAGAAUCCAGUAGAUCUUCCCCUACUGUUUCACAGAGAAGAAAGCGAAUAUCAAGUACUUCUAGUCUGGUUAAGGCUAGUGUCAGUGUUCCUUCAGAAUCUCAUCCCUUAUCUACAGUUAAUCAAGAGGCUGCACAGCCAACUGCCACUUCAACAAAAGAGAAACAGCCGUGCUCAGACAGAUACCGAAUAUACAAAGCCCAGAAACUGAGGGAAAUGUUAAAAGAAGAAUUGAGAAAAGAGAAGAAACAAUGGAAAAACAAAUUUGCUAUAAAUGAAAGUCAGAGGCCACCAGAUCGUUCAAAAAUGACUAUGAGAGACUUCAUAUAUUAUCUACCAGAUAACAAUCCAAUGACUUCUUCACUGGAACAAGAAAAGAAAACUGAAAAGUCAUCGACUCCAGUCCAGACAAGAGAGCAAGAAGGUAAGAGUACUGCUAAUGCUGAAGAUAAUGAAAUGGAAGAAGAGACAGAUGAUGGGCCAUUACUGGUUCCUCGAGUAAAAGUGGCAGAAGAUGGCUCUAUUAUUUUGGAUGAAGAAAGUUUAACUGUAGAAGUUUUGAGAACGAAAGGCCCUUGUGUUGUUGAAGAAAAUGACCCCAUAUUUGAGCGCGGUUCUACAACUACAUACUCCAGCUUUAGGAAAAAUUAUUACUCUAAGCCAUGGUCAAACAAAGAAACAGAUAUGUUUUUUUUAGCCAUCAGCAUGGUAGGAACUGACUUUUCUAUGAUCGGACAACUUUUUCCUCACAGAGCAAGGAUAGAAAUUAAGAAUAAAUUUAAACGUGAAGAGAAAACAAACGGAUGGAGAAUAGACAAAGCAUUCCAGGAAAAGCGCCCUUUUGACUUCGAUUUUUUUGCUCAUUUGCUUCAGAAAGUUCUUGCUGAAGAAGAGAAAAGAAAACAAAAAUCUGUUAAAAAUCACAGUUUAAAGGAGAAGAAAUCCACCAAACCACGGAAAAAUGUAAAAGUCAAAAAAAUUGCCUGUGAAAGAGUGAAUGAUGAUCCAGAUGAGUCUAUGAGUUCUAGAAUUUCAGACACAGAAAGAUCUCAGAAGGAUGCUCAGACAGUUGACGAAGAGUCUCUGACCUUAUCAGGGAAGGAUGCAGAACAGGUUGCAUUAGAAGUAGACCUAAAUCAAAAGAAAAGAAGAAGGAAGAAGCAAGAUGGAGCUAAUGAACUGGAAGUAAACAAUCUUUUAGAAAAUGCCACUGUUCAGGCGGGUCCUUCUAAAGGAGAAAAACACAAGAAUAAAUGUCAGGCUAUAAGGCCCGAGGUAAAGGAAGGUGAAUGCAGUAAGGAGCAGAUGCUUUCCUGCACACAAAACGUAGAUGGCAUUGUGGGUUUUGCCUCCAGUGAAAAAGUUGAGAAAAGAACUGACCCCAUCCUUUCAUUAAGUAAUCAACAAGAUGCCGCAUCAGUAGCAACUAAGUCUUCGGAAUCAAGCACUUCAGAUUUGCCUUCAUUAGAAGUUGGAAUUAGAGCAUCGUGUGAGGUGAAUGAUGCUGAGGGUAGUUGUACAGAAGAAAGAAAUGUUGACCUAAAAAAUAAUUCACUGGAAAUUGAUCAAACAGAAAAUGUUAAACCGAUGUUGAGAGGUCGCUUCCAGAAACCCAAACCCAAUUUGUCAAGGGCUGGGAAGAAAUCAGUUCUUUCACAAGGCAAAACAGAGGCAGAGAGCAAGAAUUCACAUUCAAAAACUUCAGUUGAAAAGGACCACCUGGAAAAGGAUAAGAUGAAUACAUUGGACAUUUUGAGAAUGGAGACUACGGAGAGAGAGAAUCCAGAAGCUGAAACUGUAUCUAUGUUGGGUGAAAAAAAUUGUCUGCAGGAAGAGAGUCAACUAAAGGCUUUAACACCUGCAAAAGUGAGGGGCCGAUUGCAAAAGCCAAAGCCAAAUGUAGGUAAAGCUGCUGGAAGAAAAGAAAUUCUCAUGUCACAGGAAGAAAUUGGGGCCAAUGUAGAAAAGAAUGAAAAUGAAUCCCGUGCUGAUAGAGAUACUCAACACAUGGAAGAUCAAUCAUGUAAAGAUUUUGAAGAGGAAGAUGUCAUAUUACAACCUGAGAAAAAUGAUUCUUUUCAAAAUGUGCAGCCAGAUGAGCCCAAGGUUCUUAAUGAAUGUCUAAGCAUUCAAGAGAAUAAUAAAGCAAAUAAACUUAAUCAAGUCCCAAUUCUAAGGACUCGAUUUCAGAAACCAAAGCCGAAUAUUGGAAGAGGAACUGGAAGGAGAGAAAUUUCCUCAAAAGAAGAAGUACUAGAGAAGAUUCUUGCCUCUGGGGAAAUGACAGCAGCAUUGAGAGAAACUGUAAGACUAGACACUUCACCAAAGGAGAUGGUACCAGCAGAGAUUAAUACUACUAAAGAAAUGCAGUCAGAUUUAAAAGAAACUGGAAGAAGAGCCAUUUCUCCCAGGGAGAAGAUUCUAGAUGUGAUUGAUGUCACCAGGGAAGUGGAGACAGGUUUGAAAGCAAGGGGAAGAGAGAUUUGUUUAAAGGAGAAGACACCAGAGGUGAUUGAUGCCACUAAGGAAAUAGACAAAGAUUUGGAAGAAACUGGAAGAAGAGAAAUACCCCCACAUGAAAAUGGCCCAGAGAAGGUCAAGCCUGUAGGUGAAAUGGAGACAAAUUUAAAAGCAACUGGAAAUGAGAGUUCCCCAAGAGAGAAGACACCAGAGGUGAUUGAUGCCACUCAGGAAAUAGACAAAGAUUUGGAAGACACUGGAAAAAGAAAAAUAUCCCCAAAGGAAAAUGGCCCAGAGGAGGUCAAGCCUGUAGAUGAAAUGGAGAGAGGUUUGAAAGCAACUGGAAGAGAGAGUUCCUCAAGAGAGAAGACACCAGAGGUGAUUGAUGCUACUGAGGAAAUAGAGAUAGAUUUGGAAGAAACUGAAAGAGAAAUAUCCCCACAGGAAAAUGGCCCAGAGGAGGUCAAGCCUCUAGGUGAAAUGGAGAUGGAUUUGAAAGCAGCUGGAAGAGAGAGUUCCCCAAGGGAGAAGACAGCAGAGGUGACUGAUACCACUGAGGAAAUAGAGAUAGAUUUGGAAGAAACUGAAAGAGAAAUAUCCCCACAGGAAAAUGGCCUAGAAGAGGUCAAGCCUGUAGGUGAAAUGGAGACAGAUUUGAAAGCAACUGGAAGGGAGAUUUCCCCAAGGGAGAAGACACCAGAGGUGAUUGAUGCCACUGAGGAAAUAGACAAAGAUUUGGAAGAAACUGGAAGAAGAGAAAUAUCCCCAGAGGAAAAUGGCCCAGAGGAGGUCAAGCCUGUAGAUGAAAUGGAGACAGAUUUGAAAGCAACUGGAAGAGAGAGUUUCCCAAGGGAGGAGACACCAGAGGUGAUUGAUGCUGCUGAGGAAAUAGAGAUAGAUGUGGAAGAAACUGAAAGAGAAAUAGCCCCACAGGAAAGUGGCCCAGAGGAGGUCAGGCCUGUAGGUAAAAUGGGGACAGAUUUGAAAGAAAUUAGAGAAGAGGUUUCCCAAAGGGAAAAGGUGCUAGCGGAGAUCAGUGCUGUAAGGGAAAAGGAGAUUGAUUUGAAAGAAACUGGAAAAAGAGACAUUUCCAUGACGGAGAAAGUAUCAGGAAAGAUGGCUGUCAUUGAAGAAAUGGAGACAGAUAUGAAAGAAACUGGAAGAGAAAAUUUUAGAGAGAGAGGAUCUGAAGAGAUCUGUGUUACUGAGGAAAAGGUGGCAGAAUUGAAAAAAACUGGAAAAACAGACAUUUCUCUAAGGGAAAAUGAACUAGAGGAGACCAGUACCUCAAGACAAACUGAGACACAUUUAAUGCAGAGCGGUAGCAAUGACUGCAGUGCUAUGCCUUCGCUAGAUAUUAAAAACAUUAGCAGUGAAGUACUGUUGAUGAUGCACACACCUGUAGAAGAAAAAAGAGAUUCUGAAAAAGAAGUAUCAAGUCCCUUCAGUCAUUUCAAGGUUUCUUCACAGACUCUUGAAUCUGAUAAAACAGAAGUCCUGGGGAUUCGAUCUCCAGAUGUUCCAGAGCCAUUUUCAGAUACUAAUUUAAGCAGAUCUCUUCCUCAAGAACAGAAGUCACUUGAAAUUAACCCAGCACCUUUUGUGAGGAGUCGAUUCAAAAGACCAAAACCAAACUUAGCAAGAGCAGCUUUGAAGAGAGAGACUACAGAAUCAGAAAAAUAUAUAUAUGGGAAGAAAUCAGAAACCAAGAAAAUGGAGAAUAUUGUGAUGCAAGAAAAUAAUGAACAAGCUGAUACUCUCCCUUCUCAACAUGAUGAAGCUUCCCUAAUGAUAUCAAGAGAAAAAGACACAUCAGGUCACAGGAGUGAGGAGGCUGUGAUAUUGCCAUGUACACAGACUGAAAAGAACCUUUCACCUUCAAAUUCUUGUGAACCUAAAGAGGAGUCUCAGUCAGCACAAGCCCAGGAAAAUGACUUAGUUGUUUCUGUGGGGACUAAUAAUAUAAACACUUUCCAGCAAGAAAUGAAAGAAAGUGUUAUCCAAACUGCUCGACCAGUAAGGGGCCGACUUCAGAGACCAAGACCAAAUGUAAGAAAGACAGGACAGAGGCAAAUAGUAGACAAAGGUGACGCCAAAGGCAUAAUUAAGGAAGAAAGAACAAUAUUACAAAAAGAUGAAACCGAAAAGAAAAUCUUAACUGCGUCAAAUCCUCAAAUUGAAACUGAUAUUGAAGUUCCCUCCUCCACAGUUUCAGAACACAGAAUGUGUGAAAAUCAAAGUCAGGUGAUUCUUGUAGAAAACCUUCAUAUUAACAAAACAGAUGAAACAAUCAGACAUGAAAAUAAACUGUAUGUUCCUAGUUCAGCACAAAUGACAAGAAGGAAAUUCCAAAAGGCUAAGCCAAAUUUGGGAAGAGCACACAGUAAGAAAGAGGAACCAAUUUUAGAAAAAGGCACAACAGAUCAGAGCAAGGAAGGCAAGCCAGAAGAUCAUUUGCUGCAGAAAGGAGCUUCCAACACCCAGCUCCUUCUAAAAGAAAAAGCUGAGCUUCUGACAUCUAUGGAGGUUUCAGCGAGAAAAGAUUGUGUAGGUUCCAACGAGUCUGCUUUGGCAAAAAUAGAUGCUGAAUUAGAAGAAGCUGGACCAUCAAGAAGGGUUGGAGAGGAAACUGUAGGAGAUAAUUCACUAUCUUCAGUUGUUGAAGAGCAAUAUCUCAAUAAACUAACAAGCUGUCCACAACCGUUAAAAGAAUCAAAUUACUCUAAAAUUGCUCUGGAUGGGAAAACAACUAUCUCUUCUGCAUCUGAGUAUGAGAGAAAUCGUGGUGAAAGGAGAAGUCACAGAAAGAUCAAACCAAAUGUCACCAGAGGUCGUGGAUCAAAACGAGUUCGGGGUAAGACCUCUAAGAAGGAACCUAGAGCUUCCAAGGCCAUACUGGUGACUCUUCGGGCUUCCCAGGAAGAAGAAGAUGAUGCUGAUGAUUUUGAGUCUGACUAUGAAGAAGAAAGCUGUCAUCUUGCUCCUGAAGAAGUAAACAAAGCUCCAGUAUUUGUACCUGUUGGUCUCAGAUCUCCUGAACCUGUUUCUGCUCAGAUAGAGGAAACAAUGGAAGAGCUUGAAAUAACCGUGAAUGUCCCAGAUGUAGGAUGCAUAGCUGUUGUUGAACAUGAGCUCCCUAACACAGAUGUGACUACUGAAGAAAUGAAACAAGAAGAAAAUUUGAAUGCAUCAUCAUUUGAAAUGACCACAGGUGAACAUAUCCAAGAUGAACCAGGUACCAGUGAUGGAAGCACUGAAGCUGCAAUAACUUUACUUACAAUGGGAGAUCUAGUAUUGCAGUCAGAGAUCAGUACUGAACAGGGUGAUGUAGGGGUAUGUAUACUUCCUCAUGUACAUUCAAAGGAUAAAAGCCAUAUUCCUUUUAGCCUAGAUAAUGUAAAUCACAAAAUUGUUCAUGAAUGUCAGGAGCUUUCUUCACCUGUCAUUACUACGUCUCCUGCAUCAUUUGAAGAAAACAAGAUAGUAUUGGAGGAGCAAAGUUCCAGAGAAGAAAUAAGUUUAAUGGAGAUAAAGGAGAAUGCUACACCAACCAGGAAUACAAUUUCUAAAGUGACAAGUAAUUUGAGAAUAAGAAGUAGACUUGCCAAGCCUAAGCCAAAUCUUGAGAAGACUUUAGGGACCAACAGGUUUGAUGAUCAUCAGGAAAUUUCCAGUUUGUGUGUAACCAAAGGGGAAGAAAUGGAAACUCAAAGAGAAACAGAGAAAAAUGCUUCCAAAGCAACAGAAUUGGAAAAUAAAAACCUCGGACCAGUUACAACAGCAGAGAAUAAGGAUCAGAGCAAAUUGGCAUGUGUACAUGGUAUCAAAGGGACCAGUAUUUCUCCAGAAGUAAACCUAACUGAAAGAAAUGAAAAUCAAGAAGAGAGCUCUCAGGAGGUUCACAUGUUGUCAGUUGCUCCAGUUGCUUCCUCUGAGACAGGGCCCUGCACACUUGGUUUGGAUAGGGGUCUUGGUGAAAAUUCUGUUGAAGAGGCCCAGAUAAAAGACUCUAAAGGAGACAGUGUGCUUAUACUUCCUGUGCCAGAGGUAAAAGAAUGUACAAUAUAA